AUGUCUUCAUCAUCUAAAGUGGUCAUUCGAUUAAUGAUGCUGCUGUUGAUUUUGCUUGUAUCCCAGUCAAAUGCGAAUCAAUUUAAAAGUGAUAAUAUGUGCAGCAUAACACGAGAGGUUUUAUGUGUCAAACAAGUUUUCGAGAUUAUAACAACAACGGUUAAAAUUAUAGCGCGAACGAUAAGUGAAGUUGAAACGAAUAUUGUAAGCUCAGACGCUAACAUUGACACAGUCAACCACAUUUUCAAACAGCAACUCUAUAAAAUUCGUGACCAGUUACCCACACGCCAAUAUCAUACAAAGCUUUUAAGACUGAAUAAUAUUAACAAAGCAUAUUUAAUUCAUUUACUUUUGGAAGCACAUGAUGCUAUGAGUUUUUAUUAUAAUUCCAUUGAUGAUAUAUUAAAUGUAAGUUUUGUAUCUUCAUCAAAUGUUCAGCUAAAACAAAUUCAAGAUAAUCUAAGAUAUGAAAUUAUUUGUGAAUAUCGUAGCGUGUUAAAUGUUUAUUCCCAUGAAUGGACACCAAUUAAUCAUAUAAAUCGGUUAGAGUUUGCACCAACAACAUAUCCUAGUACUCCAUCUUUUACUCAUAAUUAUCAAUCGAUCUUUGUUGUUAAAAUAUUGAACGAAUGGAUGAAACUUAUUGAUUCAGUUAUAAUCAAGCUCAAAGCAGAAAAUUUUCUAACUGCCAACGCAUCGUAA